AACAGAUUAUGAUGGCUUUGCCUAAUAUAGAGAGAAGUGAGCUACUUCAGGCUCAAGCACACAUAUGGAACCAAACAUUUAACUUCAUAAGCUCUGCAACAUUGAAAUGCGCAAUUCAACUUGGCAUACCAGAUAUCAUCCACAACCAUGGCCAACCCAUUCCUCUCUCUGAGUUGCUCACCGCGCUACCAAUCAACCCCACAAAAGGCCAUUGCAUCUAUCGCCUAAUGCGCAUUCUUGUUCGUUCCGGUUUCUUUGUUCAGCAAAAAGUUACUGGAAAUGAGCACGAAGUUGAGUAUCUCCUCACACCUGCUUCUCAGCUUCUCAUAAAGGACCACCCCUCGAGUUUGAAACCAUUUUUACUAGCCAUGCUUGAUCCAAUUAUAACAAAUCCAUCCAACUUUAUCAGCACUUGGUUCCAAAAUGAGGAUCAAACCCCAUUUUACACGGCUAAUGGGGGGACACUUUGGGACCAAGCUGGGCAAGAGCCGGUGCUGAACAAUUUUUUCAAUGAGGCCAUGGCUAGUGAUGCCCGGUUGGUGGCUAGCAUGCUGCUUAAAGAGUGUAAGGGAGUGUUCGAGGGGUUGAAUUCAUUCGUGGAUGUUGGGGGUGGCACCGGGGCUGUGGCCAAGGCCAUUGCUGAGGCAUUCCCACACUUAAAGUGCACUGUGCUUGAUCUUCCACAUGUUGUUGCUAACUUGCAAGGGACUAAGAACUUGAACUUUCUUGAAGGGGACAUGUUCGAGGCAAUUCCCCCAGCAGAUGCAAUUUUACUCAAGUGGAUACUGCAUGACUGGAGCGACGAAGAUUGUGUGAAGAUACUGAAGCGAUGCAGGGAAGCAAUUCCAAGCAAGGAGAAGGGCGGGAAGGUGAUUAUUAUAGAAAUGGUGAUACAGGAUUACAAGGAAGGAGAUAAUGAGUCCAUUAAAACCCAACUCUUCUUUGAUAUGAUGAUGAUGAUUACAGUCACUGGUAAAGAGAGAAAUGAAGAGGAAUGGAAGAAGCUCUUCCUGGAUGCUGGCUUCAGUGACUGUAAGAUAAUGCCCGUACUGGGUUUAAGGUCUCUCAUUGAGCUUUACCCUUGACAAGCUCUGGGUAGGGUUGUGUAAGUGCUUUCAAGGCAUGUGUUCAAUGUUGCUAAUUACAGAUUUAGAAUAAUAAACGUUGACAUGUCGAUGGGUUGUGUAAUGUGUAAGUGCCCUUAACGCCAUGGAAGCAUUCUAUAAUGGUGUUGGACUGGUUUUGAAUAAUAUGUUCAGACAUAAAGUCUUCUUCAGUACUCCAAAGACUUGACAGUUUUUUCUUUUUC